UUUCGAUAUGCUACAACCGUCUCGGGGUCGCCUCGCAACAACGAUUUCCGUUUGUUGUGUUUUCACGAAGAAAUCGGCUGUUGUACUUUAGAGGAAACACCAAGGACAGAAUUAUCUGCAGGUCUUUUAUCUUGCCUUUUACAAUUCACUUUUGUGUGUUUAAGUGCCUGUUCGCCUCUUGUUGUUUUAGUGGGUACCAGUUCGUGACAGGCGAACAAACUAGCUAACGUUAGGUGCUGGCUUGCUAGUCAGUUAGCCAGUGUGUCAAGCCUGAUCCAGCUGACUGAACUGAACAUCCCAUAAUACGACUGUACGAGACACAUCUGAUCCGACUCAGAAGAACAGAAAUGCCGAUCAAACACAUGUCAUGUUGAUUUGAACAGUUUGUCGGUUCGGAGCCGUUGCUGUUAUUGUUACGCGGCUAAGGUUAGCUGGUUAGCUGACUUAACCAGCCGUGUUGCUGUUGUCGUGCACAUUUAAUAACCGCUAGUUUGUUCUGAUCGGACUGUGGUGGAGAAAUGGGUUCAAUUCUUAGUCGAAGAAUCGCUGGUGUUGAGGACAUCGACAUCCAGGCCAAUUCUGCAUACAGAUAUCCUCCAAAAUCAGGAAACUAUUUUGCCAGCCAUUUUUUCAUGGGAGGAGAGAAGUUUGACACUCCUCAUCCAGAGGGUUACCUUUUUGGAGAAAACAUGGAUCUCAACUUUCUUGGUAACCGCCCAGUGCAGUUUCCCUAUGUUACUCCAGCACCCCAAGAGCCAGUCAAGACAUUGAGAAGUCUUGUCAAUAUCAGAAAAGACUCAUUACGAUUGGCCAGGUAUAAAGAUGAUGCUGAUAGUCCUACUGAUGAAGGCACAAAACCAAGGGCCUUGUAUGGAGUGGAGUUCACCUUUGACUCUGAUGCGCGAGUGGCCAUCACUAUCUACUGUCAGGCUUUUGAGGAGUUCUCCAAUGGGAUGGCAAUAUACAACCCAAAAACCCCUGCAUUGGUCUCAGAAACCGUAUAUUACAAAAGGGGGGUUAGCCAGCAGUUUACCCUUCCAUCCUUCAAGAUGGAUUUCUCUGAAUGGAAGGAAGAAGAUCUCAACUUUGAUUUAGACAGAGGUGUUUUUCCUAUGGUGAUUCAGGCCGUGGUUGAUGAAGGAGAUGAUUGUUUGGGACAUGCCCAUGUACUGCUGGCAGCAUUUGAAAGACAUGUUGAUGGCAGUUUCUCAGUCAAACCUUUGAAACAGAAACAAAUAGUGGACCGUGUCAGCUACUUGUUACAGGAGAUUUAUGGAAUUGAGAACAAGAACAAUCAAGAGACAAAGGAGGAGGAUGAAGAAAAACUGUCUGAGAUGUCUGAUGCACAAGCUCACAUGCUGCUGCACAAUCAUCGAAUAGUGUUUGUACUAGUAGGUUUAAUUAGUGCAUCAUCGCUAGUCCUGACAGUCUGUGUUUGCAGCACUCUACGCUCUCCAUCGUCACCCAUUCAGGAGGAGGAUGAAGAAAAACUGUCUGAGAUGUCUGAUGCACAAGCUCACAUGCUGCUGUCCAGCAGUCCUGCCCCCACUGAGGGUACGGCUGGAGAGGACGCCCCUGAUUCACUGUCUCCUGAAGACGGUGAGUGACUCCACUAGAAAUAGGA